UGGUGAAGGCGUGCGCUUUGGACACAGAUUUCAAACUCAUGCCAUUUGGGGACAAAACACUUGUGGGGGAGAGAGGGCUGGCUUUGAGUGGCGGACAGAAGGCUAGGCUGAGUCUGGCCCGGGCUCUGUACCACUCGGCAGACAUUUACCUCUUGGACGACCCCUUGAGUGCUGUCGACUCACAUGUGGCCAAACACCUCUUCCAAAAGUAUAGAUGUUGUGUUGAGUACCUGAAAAACAAGACGCGCAUCAAAUACUUGUGCUCAACGACGGCGAGUGUGUGGCCAUCGGGUCCUACACUCAGCUCAAAGAGCGCGGCAUUNGACGCGCAUCAAAUACUUGUGCUCAACGACGGCGAGUGUGUGGCCAUCGGGUCCUACACUCAGCUCAAAGAGCGCGGCAUUGAUCUCAUGGCAUAUCAGAGACAAACCGAUGGACCAAAUGAUAGCAGAGAUAUGAAAAGGAGGACAUCUCUCACACCAUCGAUGGCCUCAACCAUUAGUGAGGGAUCGGAAGUGACGGACGUUUGGGAACCGAUAGAAGUGGACGAACAGGAAGUGAAGGCCGAAAGCAAAAUGAUUGGAUCCGUUGAGACUAAUGUAUAUAUGGCGUACAUUAAAGCCGGCGCCGGACCUCUGCUCGUUAUUCUUACCAUUUUGAUUACUAAAAUAAACAAAACCACAGAAGAAGUUGAUAAGACAUUCAACACACUUAUCUACACGAGUCUUAUGAUUGGUCUGUUUGUGUCGGCCCUGUUGUCCACCAUUUGUUUCUACAUAAUGUGUAUGAGAUCUUCGGUUAAUCUCUAUAACCGAAUAUUCUCUGCAUUAUUGCGAUCACCGAUACAUCUGUUCGAGAGUUCGCCCAUCGGGCGAAUACUUAAUAGGUUUUCAAAAGACACGGGAAUUAUGGAUGAAUUGCUGCCAUCCGUUGCUUUUGAAUGCAUUAUUGACACAUCCGCGCGGGAUAUCAAACCCCGGAGUCCGGUGUACUCUCACGUGAACACAACGCUGUGUGGGCUGACAUCGAUCCGUGCGUUUGGCGCACAGCAUAUGUUUGAGCGUCAGUUUGAAGUCCACCAAAACGACAACACCUCUACUUCUUUCUUAUACCUCUGCACUUCAGGAUCACUUGCAUGCAACUUCUGUUGCCAGUUGCACGACAAAAGUGUUAAUUAUAGGGAGGAUUCAUCCAAGGGAAGUUCCAAUAUGAUUCAAGAAAUUACUAAUUCAUCUGCCAUUAUGGAGUCCUAUAUGACUUCUGUCGAGCGAGUGCUCGACUAUACUGUUAUUAAACCCGAGGCAGAGCUCGAGUCCUCUCCCGAUCGGAAACCACCCAAAGAUUGGCCACAAAUGGGAGAAAUAGUGUUCAAAGAUAUGAGUCUUCAAUACAACGAAUCGCCGCAUAAAGUGCUCAAAGAUAUCAAUGUUUGCUUCAAAGGGGGAGAA